AUGGCGCUAACUCUCCUUCUGCCUCUGAUGGCUCGUCUGCCGGCCCCCACGCUCUCUCAGUACCCCGGGUACACAGUGUAUCUCCCAGGGGAGCGGGUUACCCUCACGUGCUCGGCUCCUGGGGGUGAACUGGACUGGAUUUAUAGAUUCUUCUAUCAAAAAGGGCAGCAGAAGCCCAGAGUGGUCCAACACCCAAGUGAAGGCCCCCAGCUGGAGCUCACAGCUGAGAAGGGAAAGUCUGGGAGAUACACCUGUGUGUACCGGUGGCAGGAAUCCAGUCGAGAGAUCUCAUCUAGAAACAGCGACUCCGUCUCCAUCACAGUGACAGAUCCCCCUUCGCCCCCCACACUCUCCCUGAGCCCCCCACACCAGCUGUACCUCACCGGGGAGUCUGUUUGGCUCACGUGUUCGGCUCCCCCCAGUGAUCACACUGUUACAGGAUUCCAGUUCUCCAGAGCUGCUGGACAGAUUAUCUCCUCCGAUAACAGUGACACGCAUACCCUGAGCUAUGUAACACAGACAGACACCGGAUCAUACACCUGUGCGUACUGGGUAAAGCCGUCAGGUCGCAGGAUGAAAUCUGCGGAGAGUCCCGCUGUCUCCAUCUCUGUGACAGACCCCGACCUGGCUCCCCAGCUCUCCGUGUCCCCGCAGCAGCCUGUCUACAUAACUGGAGAAGCUGUGACCUUGACGUGCUCAGCUGCCAGGGCGUCCACUGUGUCCGGGGUCCGUUUCUUCAGAGACCACCAGAAAAUCCACUCCAAGGAACUCCCCUCACCCCGGUACAGUUACAUUGAGUCUUUUCGACUGUCAGGGGGUUCUGGAUUGCAAGCCGGAGUGUACAGCUGUGAAUCCUGGAAGACAGUGUCUGGGCGAGAAAUGCCAUUGGUGAGGAGCCAGCCCAUCUCCAUAGCACUGACAGAUUCCCCUCCACAGCCAGUGCUGGAGCUGGAUCCCCCUUCUGGAGCAGUGAGUGAAGGUCUCCCCCUGCUCAUCAUCUGCACAACGUCCAGAAAUGCCAGAGAGCGGAGGUUUCACUUCUACAAGGACAGAGUCGAGAUCAUCCAUGGGGACAUGGGGUCUGAGAUCAGCACCACAGAGCCUGGCACCGGCUCAAUGAAUGUCUCUGUGCUCAGCAUCCCACAGGCCGGUCCCAACAACACCGGGGAAUUCACCUGCGGGUACGAGGAGAACGUGGGUGGGAGGUGGAUCCCAUCCUCCAGGAGCCGGGCUGUGAAUGUCACUGUAAAUGUCACCGGGACAGCCUCACACUAUACCCGUGAUGUUCUGCUGACAACAGGUGGCAUCUUGUUUCUGGUUGGAGCCAUUGCUGCUCUCAUCUGUUACUGCAGGAGGAAGAAAAGAGUUCCAAAGCCUCAGAAAAGCACCAAGGGAUAUGAGCCCAGAGUAUGUGCCAGAAACCUGCAUCCUGCUCAUGAUAAUCAGGGAUCUAAAGCCAGGGUUCCUGGUGCAGAGCAGGUGGAACAGGGCUCUGAAGUCACCUACGCGCUCAUGGAAUUCCCGGCCUUGGAGGCCCAGGCAACCCAGCCGAAAAACAAACCCAAGCCUGCUGAAGCUGAGCAUGUGCUGUAUAGCGAGGUGGUGACAACGCACACUCGGAAGGCAGCUAAAUAA